UGAAACGAGCAGACAGCAGAAACACAGCACCGCUCAGGCUUCACGGGACACCCAACAAACGGUGAAGAAAAACUCCGAAGUGUAGCAACACAGGACUGAAAGAUGACUCGAGAGUUUUGAGCGAGGGGACGGAGGGAAGAACUUUUCUUUAUGCUAGCGACGCGGAUGGAAAUAAUUUGGGAAUACAGCUUCCUCUCCUCCUCUACCGUGGUACCCUGAACUCAGACUACAAAGGGACGUGAGCUUUGGGCACUCAGUAAUAAUGGAUACAUUCUUUAUAGAGGGGGCCCGUGUGUGGCUGAGGCACAAAGAGCAGCUCCUCCCCUCCACCGUCAGCUCUUGUGAUGAUGCUUCUUUGGUCCUCACCACCGACUAUGGGAAGGUGAUCUAUCUACAGAAGGCCGAGCUGAACGGGGAGACGGUGUACCCGAUGCACCCGAGCAGCGUCCAUGGAGUGGAGGACAUGUCCACACUGGCAGAGCUGCAUGAAGCUGCCAUCAUGCACAACCUCUUACUGCGCUACAAGAGAGACAACAUCUAUACCAACAUAGGUUCAAUCCUGGCAGCAGUAAAUCCCUAUAAGCAGAUUUCGGGCCUGUAUGACAGCACUGCAGUCGAUCAGUACAGCAAACACCAGAUGGGGGAGCUGCCGCCUCACAUCUUCGCUGUGGCCAAUGAGUGUUACCGCUGCCUGUGGAAGAGACACGACAGCCAGUGUGUUCUCAUCAGUGGGGAGAGUGGUGCCGGGAAGACGGAGAGCACCAAGCUGCUGCUGAAGUUUCUCUCAGUGAUGAGUCAAAACUCAGCAGGCACUCCUCUGUCGGAGAGGACCACCAGGGUGGAGCAGGCUCUCGUCCAGAGCAGUCCCAUCAUGGAAGCCUUUGGAAAUGCUAAGACCGUGUACAACAAUAACUCCAGUCGGUUCGGGAAGUUCAUCCAGCUUCACUUUUCCCAAAACGGAAACAUUCAGGGAGGCUGCAUCAUUGACUAUUUGCUGGAAAAGAACCGUGUGGUUCGACAGAAUCCUGGAGAGAGAAACUACCACAUCUUCUACGCUCUGUUAGCAGGGGCGGACACAGACCACAGAGAUCUACAGGAACUGCCAACAUCGUUUUAUCAUGAUCAACACUCAGACAUGUACCUCCUGUCCGAGGGUCCUGAGUCAUACCACUACCUGAGUCAGUCAGGCUGCAUGAAGGACAGCAGUCUGGAUGACAAGCAGCUCUUCGACAGUGUGAUGGAAGCCCUGAAAGUGAUGGAGUUCACGGAGGAGGAGAUCAGAGACGUGUUUAAGUUGCUGUCUGCAGUCCUCCAGAUGGGCAACAUCGAAUUCAUGACGGCUGGUGGAGCUCAGAUCACCUCCAAAGGGGUUGUCAGUAAUGUCAGCGAGCUGCUCGGCCUAGACUGCUUCCAGCUGUCCGAAGUGUUGACCCAACGAUCCAUGAUCCUCAGAGGGGAGGAGAUCUGCUCCCCUCUCACCGUGGAGCAGGCGGUGGACUCGCGAGACUCGGUUGCCAUGGCGCUUUAUUCUCAGUGUUUCUCCUGGAUCAUAAUGAGGAUCAACCAGAAGAUCAAAGGCAAAAACAAUUUCAAGUCCAUCGGCAUCCUGGACAUCUUCGGCUUUGAGAACUUUGAGGUGAACCGGUUUGAACAGUUUAACAUCAACUAUGCCAACGAGAAACUCCAGGAGUAUUUCAACAAGCACAUCUUCUCUCUGGAGCAGCUGGAGUACAACAGAGAGGGGAUCCAGUGGGAGGCCAUAGACUGGAUGGAUAACGCAGAGUGUCUGGAUCUCAUAGAAAAGAAACUGGGCAUGUUGGCUCUUAUCAAUGAGGAGAGUCGCUUCCCCAAAGGCACGGACUACACCCUCCUGGAGAAGCUGCACAGCCGGCACGCAACAAACCCGUACUAUGUUAAACCCCGAGUGACCGACCACCAGUUUGGCAUCAAGCACUACGCUGGAGAGGUGCUUUAUGAUGUGCGUGGGAUCCUUCAGAAGAACAGAGACACCUUCAGAGAUGACAUCUUGUUUAUUCUUAAAGACAGCAGGCUUGACUUCAUCUACGACCUUUUCGAGCGUGUCGGCAGCAGAAAUGGAGAUGAGACCAUGAAGAUGGGCACGGCCCGACGCAAGCCCACCGUCAGCUCUCAGUUCAGGGACUCUCUGCAUUCCCUGAUGGCCACACUAAGUGCUUCCAACCCCUUUUUUGUACGCUGCAUCAAACCAAACAUGGACAAGAAGGCCAACCGGUUUGAUCCUGAUGUGGUCCUGAACCAGCUGAGAUACUCUGGGAUGCUGGAAACUGUGAAGAUCCGCAGGGCUGGAUUCCCUGUCCGGAGAACUUUUAAGGAUUUCGAUAGCAGGUAUAAGAGGAUUCUGAAGAACCAAAUGUCCUCAGACGAUGAGAAGCAGAGCUGCUCAGAGCUUCUCUCACAUUAUGACAAAACUAAGACGGAGUGGCAACUGGGGAAGUCAAAGGUGUUCUUGAAGGAGGCCUUGGAGCAAAGGCUGGAGAAGGAGAGGGAAGAGGUGCGGCGCAGGGCUGGCAUGGUGAUCCGCGCCCACAUCCUCAGCUAUGUGGCAAGGAAACAAUAUAAGAGGGUUCAGUCCAGCGUGGUCACCAUCCAGAAGAACUACCGCGCUCACUUUUGGAGACGCGUCUUCCUGCGCCUGCGCUUCGCCACCAUCAUCCUGCAGAAACAUCACAGAGGCCAGCUGGCCCGAUCACUCCAUCGCCAUCUCACGGAGGAGAAACAGAAACGAGAGGAGAGGAAGAGGAGAGAAGAGGAAGAGGAGAGAAGGCGCGUAGAAGAGGAGAGGAGGAGGAUGGAGGAGAGGAAGCUACAGGAGGAGGAGAAGAGAAAAAGGGAGGAGGAGGAGAAGAGAAAAAGGGAGGAGGAGGAGGAGGAGGAGAGACAAAGGCUGAUUGACGAGGAGAUGAAGAGGAGGGAGGAGGAGCUGAGAUUAAUGAAGGAGAAGGAGAAAGGCCAGAAACUUCUAGCUAAAGCAGAGGAGAAAAGGAAGUCACUGGUAAAUGGAGUCUGUCAGAAGGUCUCUUGCCCUUUCUUGUCCUGUCUGCAUAAGGAGCUGCCGCAGCCUCAGUCCCAAAGUCACACCUCUGAGGAGGAGAGCCGGCAGAUGGAGGAGAUCCAGCGGCUGGAGAGAGAGAUCGAGCGCCUGCAGAAGCAGCAGGAGGACGGCGUGUCCCUCCUCGGAGACGUCUCCCACGAGGAGCUGCGGCAGAUGAGAGACGCUGAGAUCUUCAGACUGGAGAAGGAGGCUUCCCGCGUGGCUACUGAGUUUCUAGAGCUCCUGGACUUUGGUGGUUUAGAGCCAUCCCUCUCGAGUGAGGAGAACCUCCACGACCCCACUGACUCCACAGCCCCUAUAGCCGAGGAGGAGGUAGAUGAGGGUUUCCACGCUGAAGAAGAGUGUGUUCCUUUGCCUGACUUCCCUCCUCCGGCUGUGGUUCCUCUGGACAAAGAAGUAUUCCAAAGUAUUCCCCCUCCUCCGCCUGACUUUGCAGAAGGACUAGUUGCCGUCCCUGUCUCUGCCUCCUCUCCUGCUACACCAAAACUCCUUUCCCCCAACGGACUGAGUCCUGCCCCCUUCCUCUCCGACUCCCGCACCUCCAGACCCCCUCCUCCUCCUGUGGUCACUAAUGGAGAAAGGCAGCCGAGCCUGAGGGUCAGCAGGGGGUCCGACUUUGAGCCUGUGAUCGAGGAGCGGCCCCAACAGAACCUGCCAGACCCAGAGUCGGACUAUGACCAGGAGGAGUUUGAGGAGGCUCAUGGGAGCUCGGGUGCUAGCACCAAUGACGGCCAUAUAACAGAUGAGGAGGUGUUGAGGAAAUCCUCCUGCACCCAAAACAGCCUGGACUCCUUCAGAGGCAGCUCGGACUCGUUUAUUGACAGCGAUGAGGAAAACGAUGGCUUCGUGGACACAGAUGAAGAGGUUUCCAAUGGGAGAGUGAAUCUACUGAAUGGCACUGGGCCUCCAUACUUCCACGGCUACCUCUACAUGAAGAGUGGUCUGAUGAUCCCCUGGCGUCGGCGCUGGUGUGUCCUGAAGGACGAGACCUUCAUGUGGUAUCGGGCCAAGCAGGACUCCCUCAAAUCCGGUUGGCUUUACAAAAAAGGAGGAGGAAUGUCCACCCUGUCUCGGCGCAACUGGAAGAUGCGCUGGUUUGUUCUGCGGGAGUCGAAGCUCAUGUACUUUGAGAGCGACAGCGAAGAGAAGCUGAAAGGAACCAUCGAUGUCCGGACAGCCAAGGAUAUAGUGGACAAUCAUGAGAAGGAGAAUGCACUGAAUAUUGUGACUGACGAGAGGACCUACCACAUCUAUGCUGAGUCCCCAGAAGAUGCCAGUGGUUGGUUCAAUGUGCUGAGUCGGGUCCACAGCGCCAGCCCGGAGCAGCUCCUGGAGAUGAACCAUGAGCAGGCCAACCCCAAGAAUGCAGUGGGCACACUAGAUGUGGGCUUGAUUGAUUCUGUUUGUGCAUCAGACAACCCGGACAGACCAAACUCGUUUGUGAUCAUCACGGCUAACCGAGUGAUCCACUGCAACACAGACACAGCUGAGGAGAUGCACCACUGGAUCGGCCUGCUGCAGAAAUCCAAGGGAGACUGCCGGGUUGAUGGACAGGAGUUCUUAGUCAGAGGCUGGCUACAUAAAGAGAUGAAGUCAGGAGCAAAAAGCUCUUCUCUGAAGCUGAAGAAGCGCUGGUUUGUUCUCACUACAACCUCUCUGGACUAUUACAAGUCGUCGGAACGCACCGCCUCCAAACUGGGAACUCUGGUGCUCAACAGCCUCUGCUCCGUAGUGCAGCCGGACGAGAAAGUCUUCAAGGACACUGGUUACUGGAAUAUAAUAAUCCAUGGGCGUAAACACUCUUACCGACUCUACACCAAAAUGCUGAAUGAAGCCAUGCGGUGGGCGAAUGCCAUACAGGGAGCGAUAGACAGCAAAGUUCCCAUUGAAACGCCAACGCAACAACUCAUCAGGGACAUCAAGGAGAGCAGUUUGAAUGUGGAGGCUGUGGAGCAGACAUACUGGAGGAACCCCAUCCUGAGAUAUACCCAGCAUCCUUUGCACUCCCCUCUUCUACCUCUGCCCUAUGGAGAUGUCAGCGUCCACUUGCAAAAGGAGAAGGGUUAUACCAGCCUGCAGGAUGAGGCGGUGAAGAUUUUCAACUCACUGCAGGAGAUGGAGGCCGUGUCCGACCCCGUGCCAAUCAUCCAAGGAAUCCUCCAGACCUGUCAAGACUUGAGGCCUUUAAGGGACGAGGUUUACUGUCAGCUGAUCAAACAAACCAAUCACGUCCCGCACCCAAACAGCCUGUCCAAUCGCGCCCACUGGCAUCUCCUCACUUGUAUGAGCUGCACCUUCCUGCCCAGCCGAGGUAUCCUUCGCUACCUCAAGUUUCACCUCAAAAGGAUUAAGGAGCUGUACCCCGGCACAGAGAUCGAAAUGUUCGCCCAUUUCGUUAGUGAGUCUCUGAAAAAGACCAAGAACAGGGAGUUUAUUCCCUCUCAAGAGGAAAUCGUGGCACUGCUUACCAGACAGGAAAUGACCACCACAGUGUACUGCCACGGAGGAGGCUCCUGCAAGAUCUCCAUUAACUCACACACCAGUGCUGGAGAGGUGGUGGAGAAGCUGAUCCGAGGUCUGGCUAUGGAGGACAGCAGAAACAUGUUUGCACUCUUUGAACACAACAACAAUAUAGACAGAGCUGUGGAAAGCCGAGUUCUUGUGGCUGAUGUUUUGGCCAAAUUUGAAAGACUGGCUGGCAGUGAGGAAGCUGAGGAUGAAGGCCAAUGGAAACUCUAUUUCAAGCUUUACUGCUUCCUGGAUGUGGAGAGCAUGCCUAAAGAGGGGGUGGAGUUUGCGUUCAUGUUUGAGCAGGCACACGAGAGUUUGACCCGCGGCCACUUCCCCUCCCGAGAGGAGACCCUGCAGCACCUGGCCGCUCUGCGCCUGCAGUUUCUGUUCGGUGACAAAGCGAAGGUCACCUGGACUCUGGAAAACGUCUACCCUGUGGGUCGCCUACGCAACCGCAUCCUCCAGUUCACCAAGGUGGGAGCAACCUCAGGGACAGGCCAAACUCUGGAGCGUCGGAGGACCAGCUUCCUGGACGGGACCCUGCGACGGGGGCUGAAGACCGGCUCAAUGAAGAAGCAGCGCAUGGAGGAGGAGCAGAUGUUGGAGAUGUGGAUAAAGGAGGAGACGUCUGCCACCAGGGCGAGCAUCGUGGAGAAGUGGUCCCGCCACACCGGGGUGGACCAGCACCAGGCCAUGCUCAAAUACAUGACCAUCAUCAAGGAGUGGCCUGGAUAUGGAUCCACACUGUUUGACGUUGAGUGCAAAGAAGGAGGCUUCCCUCAUGACCUCUGGUUGAGUGUGAGCGCUGAAAAUGUGUCUGUCUUCAAGAGAGGAGAGCCCAAGCCUCUAGAGACCUAUCCAUAUGAACACAUUGUUUUCUUUGGCGCUCCGCAGCCAUGCACCUACAAAAUCACCGUGGAUGAGAGAGAAAUGCUCUUUGAAACACCCCAGGUUGGAGAGAUCACAAAGAUCAUGAAAGCCUACAUAAACAUGAUUGUGAAGAAGCGCUGCAGUGUGAAGUCUGUGUCCAGCUAUGGAACUAACUGGAUCAGGUGAUGGACUUGACAGGAUUCAAAACAUGUUCAGAUAAAGAUAACCCGAGAGAAGAGGAGGGGACGGCACCAUGAAAAAGAAUCUCCUCGAUAGAGAUUGUGUUUCAGAGGUUUUCACUGACUACGUAGCAACGCAGAAAACAACUCCAUCCAGAGAAAUUCAUUUCCACAAAGAGACAGAAAAGGCUCUUGUGCUUGUGGCAAAAGUGGCAACAUUCAAGCUAAGCACCAUUUUAAGCUUUACACUCGUCCCGUGUUGCUAACCUCCAUACAGUCUCCAAACAUGACACUCCCUCUCAUUAGUUACACUGGUCAUUUCUCACCUCUUGAAAUGUAUAUUCAUGUAUAUUUUUGUGGAUUUGAAAGAAAAACAAAUCAAAAAGACCCUACCCCUUUGUCUCACAUUUCACAACAGAUAUUUAUUUGACUUCUGAAUCCAAAAGUGUACAACAUAAAUCCAAACUAGAUCAAAGAAUGUGUUUCAUUGGCAGACUGACUGUUGUCCUCAAUUGUAAUGAAUGUUCUCCUAAAUGGAGAUUCCCUCAGGUUAUUGUGCUUGCCUUAUUUAAGUAUUCAUUAUUAUUCUGGACUGAAGGAUUGAGUGCAGAUUCAGUUGUAGUUAUGGCUUUCACCGCUGAAUGUGCUACAAAAGCAAAUCCCUAAUAAAUACAAAAAGAAGGAAGUUCCACAUGAACCACUGCAUCAGUGGAGAUGCAACAUCUAUAACCACUGCAGUCGAGUAUUUUGUCCUAAGACACAAUAACUAAAAUAAGUAAAACUAUGUUGCGCUUCUCUCCUAGAAAAAGUACUUUGUGUAUGUUGUGUGCAGACUUUAGGUUAAGUUGCUGAAACUGAUGUUCCAGGAUGUGUUUUUAGAAACAAGUAGGAUAUUGCUUGUUGAGUGUGUCUGUGUCUAAAGAUUGUUUAACUGUGUUUUUUCAGUGAUGUCAAAGGCCAUGUUUGGGUGGGUGUAUUUAUGUAUGGAAGUACCAAUGGAUUGGGAGCGUAACAGUCUGAGUGAGGUUAUUGGCAUGCUGGAAAUGUAUUGAUGCAGUCGUCAUAGUACUUUUGUUUCUCUUUUAUUGGUGCAUUCUGAGACACAGACAUGUAGAUUCAAACACGUUGUUCAUAACUAUUGAUUUUCUUCAUUUUGCGCCCUGUUUCUUAUCUUUUGUCAACGCAAACAAACUUUUGUGUGUUGCCCUCGACACCGAACAUGCUCAAUUCCUUCUGUUAAUCUUGUAAGAUAGUUUCUCUCUUCCAAGUAAAUGAACACAAAGGAUGCCUAUGCCAGUCAACUUACAGUAUAGUUCAUGAGUAUGAUCCAAACAUUACGAGCUUAGUAUUUACCUCACGAUGCAUUACCGUCUUCCGUCACUCUCCAAUCGUACUCACUUGGGAGAUCUGGUCAGCUGCCGGCGGCCACACCAGAGACUGAUCUUGCCAUUGACGAUGACUGUAUUUCUGAGAUUUCUGAUUAUUUUGAAGAAGAAAAAUCAGAAAAUGUUUUAUAUCAGAAUUUAAAGAUGCUUUAAUAAAUUAUUGUAUUUGAAAAA